CAAGUUGCAGGAAUCGCUUCAUAAUUCCUCAGCAUCUAACAGGAGAAAAGGACAGCAGGAAUGAUUUACAUCUUUUUAAUUUCUUUGAUGUGUGUUGUGUUCGAAGUUAAUGCUUACAAAGCUACAAUCAGAGUUCCUAAAGUUGACGGAAAAUGCGAGAUUAAUGGGAAAUUGUUUAAACCUAGAGAAGAAUAUAUGAAUGAACAAAAGUGUGAAGUAUGGACUUGCUUGAAAAAAUCACCGAGAAGAAAGGGAAAAGUCGAUAAGGAACAUGCUCUCGUCGAUGUAUCAGGAUGCGGGACAGCAACGAUGUCGUACGGUAAUGGUACUGAAUGCAGCUAUAAAAUAACAACAGGAAAUAUCCGGAUUGCUGUUUUGGAGAAUUAG